AUGUAUUCAUAUUCAGAUAAUGAAGAAAGUGAAGGCCGAACUCCCCUACUUUCAGAUGAAUUAUGCACAAUGCAGCUAGUUCCAGCACAUUCUAGUCAUCGAAUUCGCAAUUCCUCACAUGUAAAUGAUUUCGAGGAAACAGUCAGCGUCGAUACAACUGGGGAAAAAUCUGGAUUCAGUUUUCGACGAUUAUGGGCUUUCACAGGUCCUGGUUUCCUAAUGAGUAUUGCUUAUUUGGAUCCUGGGAAUAUAGAAUCAGAUUUACAAAGUGGAGCCAUUGCCAAUUAUAGGCUUUUAUGGCUACUAUUCCUGGCCACAUUGAUGGGAUUAUUUUUGCAGCGAUUAGCUGCUCGUCUGGGUGUUGUUUCGGGUAGACAUUUAGCUGAAGUAUGUUAUGAUGAAUAUCCUACACCUGCACGUAUUAUACUCUGGUUAAUGGUGGAAAUUGCAAUUAUUGGAUCAGAUAUGCAAGAAGUUAUUGGUACAGCAAUUGCUAUUAAUUUAUUAAGCGCUGGUUACGUGCCAUUAUGGGCUGGUGUGUUAAUCACUAUUUUGGAUACAUUCACUUUCUUGUUUCUUGAUAAAUAUGGUCUGCGUAAAUUGGAAAUGUUCUUUGGUUUCUUGAUAACUGUUAUGGCUGUAACAUUUGGAUAUGAGUAUGUUGUUGUAAAACCUGAUCAAAGACAACUUUUACGUGGACUGUUUGUGCCUUCAUGUCCUAAUUGUGGUUGGCCUGAGUUAGAACAAGCUGUCGGCAUUCUUGGUGCUGUUGUAAUGCCUCAUAAUUUCUAUCUACAUUCUGCUCUGGUCAAAUCACGCAAUGUCGAUCGAACUAAUCCAUCUGCGGUGCGUGAAGCAAAUAUGUAUUUCUUUAUUGAGUCAGCGUUGGCGUUAGUUGUUUCACUUAUGAUAAAUAUAUUCGUUGUCUCAGUUUUCGGUGCAGGAUUCUAUGGGAAGAAUACAACACAAGUGUUUGAAAAUUGCACACUUCAAGGACACAUUCCCGUUCGUUUCACAGAUGCAGCUUCUACUUUCCAACCGGAUAGCGUAGAUCUUUAUACUGGAGGUAUAUUUCUAGGUUGUGAAUUUGGUCUAGCAUGUCUAUAUAUCUGGGCUAUUGGAAUAUUAGCAGCUGGACAAUCGUCUACAAUGACAGGAACUUAUUCAGGACAAUUUGCUAUGGAAGGCUUUUUAAACUUAAAAUGGAAACGUUGGCAAAGAGUAUUGUUAACACGAUCCAUAGCUAUUUUGCCAACUAUUCUAACAACUGUAUUCAAAGGUAUUGGUGAUUUAACUGAUAUGAAUGAUUUGCUGAAUGUAUUAAUGAGUGUUCAGCUUCCAUUCGCUGUUAUUCCAUUGCUCACAUUUACAAGUAGUAAAGCAGUUAUGGAGGAGUUUAGUAAUUCUGUUCCAGUAAUGACCCUUGCCAACUUGAUAUCUUUGGCAGUUGUAUCAGUGAAUCUCUUCUUGGGUGGUGUUGUGAUCAAAGCUCGUCUACCGCCUCAUUGGGGAGUAUAUCUAGGCACAGCGGUACUGUUUGCUCUCUACUUAGGAUUCAUAUUCUAUCUGAUUUGGUUUGGAAUUCGUCAUGUUUAUCACUCAAGAAAGCAUCCUAUGACUGUUCCAGCAUUAGGUUCCUAUGACGGUUUGGAUAUUGAUGGAUCUAUAAGCAGUAUAUCCUUUGAGAAGAGUAUUUAUAAUAAAAAAGCGAUUCAAUCAUAA